AGCGAUGCCCACAAGGCACUCGUCCCGUCCGGCGCGCGGGAUCCACCCACGUAAAACAACCGACUUCUCUUCUGCGGGCUUCUUUCCUUCGCACCACCCGCCUCCUGCUCGGAUCCACGGCGCCCCCCCGCCAUGUCGUCGGCUAUCACCGAGACGGAGGAGUCGGCGCGAAGCUCCCCGCUCACACCGCUCAAACUGGUCGGGCUGGUGUGCGUCUUCCUGGCGCUGUGCCUGGACGUGGGCGCCGUGAUGAGCCCCGCGUGGGUGACGGCUGACGACCAGUAUUACCUGUCCCUGUGGGAGUCCUGCUGGAAGCCGACGAGCAUCGACAAGUGGCAGUGCAACACCACGUUGAGCUCAGACUGGCAGGUUGCCACACUGGCGCUGUUGCUAGGAGGCGGAGCCCUGGUGCUGACGUCAUUCCUGGUGGCUCUGGUGGCCGUGUGCAUCGGCACCAGACGGCGAUUCUCCAGGCCUGUCGCUUUCAUGCUUUUCGCUACAGUGGUCCUGCAAGCCUGCUGUUUGGUGCUCUACCCCAUCAAGUUCAUCGAGAGCAUCAACCUGAAGAUUUACCACGAGUUCAACUGGGGCUACGGCCUGGCCUGGGGCGGGACCAUCUUCGCUUUCGGCGGGGGCAUCCUCUACUGCCUCAACCCCAAGAGCUACGAGGCGUACUACUAGCGCCCUCCCCCCACCCUUCAGCCUUUUGAGAGAGGCCUUCACUGGAGUGACG